AUGGAAGACAGGUUGACGGUGGCUGACAAAAAGUCGCUGUGGAAGCAGGCAGCACCAGUGGCUAUAGCCGAGCGGAUGGCGAACGAGCAGUUCAUGGAUUCGAACAGCUUGAUGGCCUCCGAAACCAUCUCGGCCGAUGAUGGAGUCAAGCCGUAUGUCGCCUCGAGGAUAGCAGUUCCGGUUGCAAACCUAGUCUUCUGCGAAAAAUGA